AUUUCAGGAAAGCCUAUACAAUGAAAGAAAUGAAAACUAUUGUAGAAUAUUUGGUAGAACAUAGAGCCUAUGGUGAAAUAAAAGGGCGAAAAAUGUGGAUUGAUUUUUCAAAUUCUCAACUCACAAACAGAACUUGGCAGAGUCUUAAAGAGACUUUUCUGAAAAGAAUACUCCCUGAUAUUCACAAUCCUUAUUAUAAACUGACUAUGGAUCAAGUUUGUAGUUUCAGGCAAGGGUUUGAUGUUCAAUCAAGAGAGAAAAAUAAAUUGGAAAUCCAGAAAUUAGAUGGAAAUUCUAAUUCAAAUGCUGAAAAUCUGAAAACCAAUGAACAACCUAGUACUAGUAAAUGCAUUGAUGAAGACAAAACUUCAGGUGAGGAAAUUAAAUCUUCCCGAAUUUCAGCUCGUGAUAGAGCUUCAGUGGAAACUGUAAUUUUAGAUAAUUGUUAUGAAACUGCUGAUGAUGUUUUGAGGGACCUGGAAUCACCAAAUGAUUCAAAUGAUAAAGAAGAAACUGCAGAAGGAAAAUCCCAAAGUAAAUCUUUAAGAGAUUUGAUUACAUAUUCUGAGCCUUUGACCCCUAUGCUUCAAGAAGUUUUACAUGAUUUUGCAACAGAUGAUGAGUCAGAUAGUGGAGAACCAAAAAUGCAAAUAGUAGAGAAUGAACAAGAACCAGAAGAGCAGGGAAAUGUGUCUUCUCAUAGAGUACCAGAUGCUGUUGAAGAUAUCCUUGAACAUAAUAAAGACCAAAAUGAUAAAAGAAACAAAGACGAGUCAGAUAAAUUUGUUGAACCAAAAGUGAAGUCCCUACGACUUAGAAAACGUCAAGGUAUAUAUGUUCCUGUCGAUGACUUAAAAGCAUCGCAAAAUACGAACACAACGAAUAGUAAGAAUAAUAAAUCUGACUCAAAUGUUACGCGCAUGGAGAUUGAAAAUGGUUCAGGAGCUUCUAUGUUAAGUAAUAGCAAUGAAAAAGGGGUGGAUAAAUUGACUAAAUCUCAUGCCCAAUCCACUCAAAAUUGUUCGACUAGUACUACUGAUACAGUUCUACCUAACAAUCAAGAAGCACUACAUGAUAAAAAGCUCGAAAAUAAGAAAAACAGAAAUGAAAUAACUGUUAAUAAAAAUAAUAUUACUAGGGACAGAACUGCUUCAAAUGAUAUAGAAGUAGAUUUGAAGUUGCAAAAAGCAAACUGCAAUGAAACUACUCACAACCAUAUAUCAGAUGCUAAUGUUGACUCUCAAAAAACUAACUGUUCUGACGUUAUUGAUAUCAGUAACGAGAUUGAUAAAAACCAGAAUAAAAAAUCAGAUGUAGUAAAUAACAAACAAACGCCUGAAGAUAAUACCCGUGACAUUUUUCCUCCAAAUAAACUUCCUGAAAAAGGUGAUAAAAAUACAUCCACACAAUCAUCACAAGCAAAUCCUUGUUUACAAAGUAUGAGUUUGUAUGAUGAACAAUUUAAUAUGACUAACCAUACAUCAGAUUCCAGUGAACAUGAAACUAAUAAUGAUCAGCCACGACAAACGUCAAAUAAUAAUAAACCAUCAUCCGUAACAGAAAAUAAAUUAGCAAGCAAAUUAAAUGAAGUAGUUAUGUUGAAGUCUCGUUCAGACACGGAUAGUGACUCAGGAAAAGUACCAGUUAAGAAGGACACUAAAAAUAUAGUGUUAUCUAAAUUAAAAAGAGAUAAUGCUUUAGCUAAUAUAUUUGGAUUCUCUAGUGGUAAGUUUUCAAUGUCCAAAUGGAAACUAUCAAAAUGGUUUUGCAUAACAUAA